CAGGCCCUCGUCGUCGCGCUCGCGCUCGCGCCCGCCGCGGCGUUCGUCGGCCCGGCGCCGGCCGCGCCGUCGACGGUCAUGAAGGAGUCGCUCGGCGACCUCAAGGCGCUCCAGAAGUCGCUGCCCGGCCCGCCGAACGACUACUUCGACCCGCUGAACCUCGCGACGAUGACCUUCGACUGGGGGCCGCAGGGCGAGGAGGCCACCAUCGGCUGGCUGCGCCACUCCGAGAUCAAGCACGGCCGCGUCGCCAUGGCCGGCUUCCUCGGCUUCAUCGCCCACUGCACGCCCAUCGUGUCCGGCGAGCACAAGUUCCUGCCCUACCGCGGCUACGUCGCGGGCGUCACGCCGCAGGAGCAGUGGGACAACAUCCCGCUCAUCGGCAAGCUCCAGAUCCUCAUCGCCAUCGGCAUGCUCGAGUCGUACGGCGAGGGCGCCGGCGACCCGGCGGGCUACACGCACUACAUGAAGGGCGGCAAGCCGGGCUACUACCCGCCGAUCGCGGGCCGCGCCGGCUUCGGCCAGGUGACCCUCAACUUGUGGCGCGCGGCGGCGUCUGCUCGCGUCCUUCGGUCGACCGUUCCCGCUCCGUGACCGUGGGUACCCCACCGGUACGCCAUCGACUCAUCACGCCAUCGCUCCACGUAGGGACCCGUUCAACCUCGUCCAGAACAACUCGGCGGAGAAGAAGGCGCGUGGCCUCAAGUCCGAGAUCCUCAACGGCCGCGCGGCGAUGGUCGGCCUCAUGGGCCUCCUCAGCGCGUCGUCGGUGCCGGGCUCCGUGCCCUUCCUCGCGGGCAUCGAGGGCUUCCCGCAGUACUCGGGCAACGUCAUGGUGCCCUUCUCGAACGACUUCUCGCUCUUCGCGUAGAUUGCGUCGUGAUGGACUUUUCGCCGGUGCGCCUCGGGACGGUGUGCGCACGGUAAGACUGUGUCUUUU